AUGCCUCCAAGCGCACUACUAGCACAUGAUACUGAUAAAUGCAUAUGGUCUUCUAACGAUGUGGAGGGCCCUAAAGCUCUGACUCCUCAACCACUCAAGAGGACAUUUGCGCUCUUCAUGGAGAGUGAUGAAGAAACUGAUGAUGAACCGCUGCAAGAUAUUGAGGCAGUCCUUACGAGCAUCAAUUCUUGCUACCCUGCUAUGAACUUUCCGAAAUAUGUGAAUACGCUGAAAGAGCGCGGUAUUUUUUAUCUGUCGACCGCAGCGCACUUUAAUAGUCAGUUUUAUGUGGAGAAGGUUGGCAUGUCGGAGGGAGCUGCAUUUACGUUUCACACUGGCAUUUGCAAAGCUCACAUGAAGGAUGAACGAAGGAAGGCGAGAAGAAAGGCUAAAGGGAAAAAGAAGGCAUGA